AUGGCUCAAAAACGCGAAAGAAGUGUCAAUUUUUCCCGAGAAGAAGUCGACACUUUAAUAAAGUUGGUGGAAAAGAAUAAACUUGUUAUUGAAAACAAAAAGAGUGAUGCGGUAACGUGGGCCGAAAAAGAACGUUGCUGGAAAUCAAUUGAAAUUGAUUUCAACUCUGCUAGUGGCGUUACUUUUCGUAGUGCUAAAACAUUACGUCUAAAAUAUGAGGGCAUCAAGCGAGACACCAGGAAGAAGUCGGCAUUAAUACGGGCCGAGACUUAUCAAACUGGAGGAGGUCCAAGUUCAGCGCCUGUCUUGACUCCCAGUGAAGUCAAAGUAAAAGAAAUGAUUUUGUUGUCAAUUGAUGGCAUGGACAGCAAAUUCGAUUCAGAUCACCUACCAAAUACAGUGGUGUCCUUUUCACCAUCACAAAAUACUUGCAGCUCUUCUGGUCUUGGUACAGUGGACACAGAAAAACUUAUAUUAAAUAUACAAAAUCAAGAUGAUAUCGUGACUUGCCCUUCUGUUGAAUCAGAAGAGGUACAAUGUAUUGAAAACAAUAUUAAGGAAACACCUGUUCGUCCGUUGAAACGAUCGUUGUUUGACCAUCUUGAAAGUAAUUCAGAAGGAGAUGAAAACAAUAAGAGAUGGUCUCAGUGGAAGCCUGCAUCUUUAAAAUCAAAAAAGCACCCAGCUUUGUGUAUACCAAAACCUAAAAAACCCUUUGAGAGAGUAGCAGAAUCUAAAUUAGAAAUUAUUGAACUACAGAAGACAAUUCUUGAAGAGGAAUUGAUAAAUAAUAGAAAGAAAUUUAGCUUUGAAGAAAAAGAAAUGGAGCAACGACAGAAAGAAUGGGAGGAACAAAAAAAGAGGUGGAACUUUGAAGAAGAAGAAAGGCAACACAAGAGGGAAUUAUGGGAAAUUUAA